UCGGAUCUCUCCCUAGAUGUUUCUGGACCUUAGAUAGAUAAGAUUGCGACGUUUUUUGGCUUCUGGCUAAAUUAGGGAUAAGAUCAAACUGUUUGCUUGUCCCCGUGUGCUGAUUAAUUGGAGCCAAGAAACCAUUAGAGCGUUGAGGGGGAGCGAGCCAGCAGCGGCCUGAUUGUUCCUCGGCCCUUCAUCAACUGGGGUUGUUGAAUUCUUUAGGCAGGGGCCUGCCCAUGGCCGAGGAUCAAUCUGGCCCGCCGGCAGCGGACGGGGUGGUGGUGGCGAUGAAGGGCCAUCCGGGGUCAGGCAAGUCUACGGUGGCUCGUGCCAUCGCCUCCGCGCUCCGAUGCCCGCUCCUUGACAAGGACGACGUGCGGGACUGCACCCUGCACCUCGAGCACGCUGCCGCCGGCAGCAGCAUCCUCAACGACCUCUCCUACGCCGUGCUCUGGAGGUUGGCCGAGAGGCAGCUCCGGCUUGGCCUGUCCAUCGUCGUCGACUCCCCACUGUCGCGUCGAGCCCAUCUCGAUGCUCUGGCCCGCUUGCCUGCUGCACUUGUUAUCAUUGUGGAAUGCCGGCCAGGCAACCAAGAUGAAUGGCGCCGCAGGCUGGAGGAGCGUGGAGGUGUCUUGGCCGAUGAUGGAUGGCAUAAGCCCAAGACGUGGGCCGACCUAGAAAGGCUUGUGGAAGGGUACCAAGGUUGCACAAACUAUGACAUUGGGGAUGUGCCGAGGAUCGUUGUGGAUACAACGGACCCAACGGUCAGCACAGAGGCAAUCGCUGUCAGGGUUGUGGAUUUUAUUAGGCCUCUUCUAGCCCAUGCGCAUUAGAUAUGUUAUAAUAGCUGUCCACCAACGUUUUGGUGAAGACAAGGUUCAAAUGUUUUCUGUCAGCAGCAAAAUAGAGGAUAAGUUAAGUUUCAGAUCAGAAUUUCAUGGCAGAAUGUUAAAAUGAUGUAUAUUGUAUUGUAUAGGAUUGGAAGUGCAUCUGUUUAACUUUUUCA